CUUUAGAGCCUCUAGCGCCAACCUCUUCGCGCCAGCCUGUGACGUUCCUUCCCAUCUCCCAUCCCAUUAUACCUGAGACCUGCUCCCCAACGGCUCCCCUCAAAAAGUCCAUUGCGAAAACGUCGGCGAGAAAGCAACUCCUCUCUGCACAUCACGAAGCAACCAACUUCUGAUUAUCACAUGACCAUUACUAUAUCAAACGGUCGGGAGGAUCACGAGCCGCAGGAUUUACUUCCAACGUCACCCAAAGCCAAUCCCGCAGCGUAUCUGCAUGCUACCUCGCCAGCACUGAACUACCAGCCACCAGCGCCGCCAGCGACUUCUCCGUACGACGUUGUAUCGCUUCACUAUUCCGCGCCACUGUCACCGCCGACUGCUUUGUCGCCUCCACAAGGCAAUGCCUUCUCGACGCUGGGUGCAACAGAUCCCAAGAACCCUCCGGCUGUUCGUCACACUUCCCUGAGCCGGCGACAUACUGGAAACGUCCCAGCAGUUGUAGUUCCGCCUCCGGCUAACAUCAGCAUGCAACGGAAUUCCCCGUCUCCACAGGAUCCCCUUCGUCAGUCUCCUGUAGCUACUCGGAGGUCGUACGGGCAAACGGGUCCUCCGGCGAGUAGUAUGCCCAUGUCCGCAGAAAGUUCAAAUGCAGGGCGGAACUCGGCAUCUACAGAGAGACCAUUAUAUGUGGAUACGAAGAGCCGGUCGAGCGUGGGAGACGAUCGCUUUUUGGGAGCAAACCUUAGCCCGUUAUCCUCGGGUAUGGCUGCUCGGUCAGCCGUGGGGAACGUCUUGGAAUCUCCGGCGUCACCAUCACCUGUGACGAAGCCGACCAUGCAUCAGCUGGAGAGGAAGCGAUUGUCGUUCCUUCAGUCGAAGAUUCGACGAGAGUAUACAGUGGCUGGGCCGAAAGUAGAUUUCUCUCCCGAGCGGAAGGUUGCGAGGAACUUCAGUCGUGUUGUGGACUGGAAAGCACGUCGGGCAGAACUGGCACCGUCAGGCACACCAUUGGUAUGAGCACAUCAGAUUCAGUGGAAAGCAAAGCAGAAGCAAGACUGAAUAGCUAUGCAUGAAGCUUUUGCAUGCCGCCUCUUUGCAA